AUGGCGAGUACCUCGUCCUCGAGCGCUGCUUUCUAUGAAAAUGGUACCACAUCAGCUCGGUAAGUAAUUUCUUAAGCGUUAGAGCUAAAAAAAAACUUUUCAGGGCUGCAACGAUGGAGUGGGUGGAAAUCGUCGAGCCACAAACAAGACAGCGUAUGUACGCCAAUCUUGUAACUGGGCAGUGUGCUUGGGAUGCACCCGAAGGUGCCAAUGUGUAUGGAACUCUUUUUCUGUUCUGAGAUAAUCAACAAAAAGUUUAGAAAACUCACCCAUGACAACCAGUGGUGGGAGCUGUUCGACGCCAAAACUGGUCGUUAUUACUAUUAUAACGCUGCAUCGAAAAGCACCAAGUGGCAAAAACCUACAGGCUCCGACGCCGACAUUAUUCCUUUGGCGAAGUUGCAAACGCUAAAGGAAAAUUCAGAAGGCGCCUCUCCUAGGGUAUUAUCUUAAUGAGUAUUUUAAAACGAGAAACUAGUUUUUAGAUUCGAAGAAGUUGUGAAACUCAAACAUCGCCGUCGGUACGAAGACUUCAAAUGUCUUUGAACACUCAAAACCAUUCCACUGGUCAAAGUGUUACUCCGGAGGCUGGAAUCGCUUCUCUUCGAAGCCAAAGCCGCGCCUCUCAGUCUACUCUCAACGGCAUGCACAGCUCUUUCGAUGUUAGUUUUUUUUUAAACUUUUUUUAAAUAAUAAUCUCUGUGGUUCAGUCAUCAAAAUUUUUUUAUUUUUUCUUUUUCUGGCCUUUGAGGUCUUGAGUGAUAUGAGAAUUUUUCGACGAAAAAAAGUUUCCGAUUUUUUUCCUUAUUUUUUUUCAUUUUAUAAAAGGUCUACUACAGUGUUAUCUUUUUUCUUCGUAUUCCAAUCAUGAAUCAACUACCUUUUUCAUAUUUGAAUUUUUCUGUUUAUUUAUUUUUUCAAUUUUUUGAAAGGACCGUUUUUCAAAUCAAAAAAAGCUCGUCUGAAUUUUCACGGAAAGCAGUGAGGAAAAAUAUCGUUCAAACGAUCUUAUAGUUCACCGCAACAGAAAGCCUUCAAUUUUCAUUCGUUCGGAAUUUCUACGCUCAUCAGAAAUGCAAAGCCGCAAUGACGGAACAGCACCAUGAUUUUAUACACGAAAAGCAAUAACCUCUCGCAAAUAGGCUGGGGAAUUUUCCAACGGCGUUAGAUUUGAUGGAGGAUUAUUAGCUGUAAAGGCAAACGUUUAUAUUUUGUAUUUUCACCUAUCAAAAACCUGUUAAGAAGCGUUAAAAAAGUUGAAGUCUAUUUUUGAAUAUUUUCAUAUCUUUUUUUUUUAAACAUUAAAUCCUCUAUUAGUUUCGUUUUCGUACGCCAUAAUAAAUGUUAAAAUUUUUUUUGUACGUUAUAGAGGGCGCGCUCGAACCUAUAGGCUUAAAAUAACACUGAAAGCUACUCAUUGCUUUGAAAAUAUUCCUGCUCUUAAAAUUUUUUUGAAAGUCUCAUGUAGUACGGCAAGUAGAGAAAACAAAUAAAUGGUCUCGAAUUUUGAAGUGAAUUAGAGAUUGGAGCUAUGCUGUUUUUGGGUAGUCCGGCGUUGCAAGGAACCAAUCAGAGAGUCGUUGUUUCAGUGGAUGUCUCUGGACGAGGAUCCUCCGAGUGAGCAGGGGACUAUGGCCACAAAUGUCUCGAGCAGCUCCAAAUGUCCAGCUUUCCCGACAGCCAGCACUACCUCCACCAUUUCCGACGCUCCUUCCGCCGAUUCCAUCGCCAACCGUUUUUCUCAAUCAGCCUCUCCUCCGCCUAACAAGCGCUUCUUCUUUCCUUCAGCAGGCAGUCCUAAACCGAAACCUGGUACAGGUAUAUUACACUUUUAAUUUUGAUAGUCGUAAAUCUCACAAGAAAAUCUUUCAUCAUUUUCACGGGUUGUUUCAGGAUGGAUGAAGGACGUUCCGAAGGUGCCUAUCACAAUGCCGGAGAAUCGCCCUCUGAAAAGAGAGCUACCGGCUCUUUUCAAAUCCAUUCAGGGCUACAUGGGCGAUCGGAAAAGCAAAUCGAAUCCAGAUCAGGUAUUGCUGUCUCCUGAUCGAGCCACUGCCAAUAAUCAGUGAAGAAAUAGUUCUCUAGGGGGGAAGCUUAUGUAGAACGUGCUUAAAAGGUAAAGAAUUAUUUUGGAAGAGACGUACAUAUAGACGAAUAGGCAGUAAAAUAAAUGACAUUUAAGAUGAUUUAACCAUUCUGUAAAGAAAUUGAUUACGUGUUGAACUCUUAUACUCGAAAAUGAACAAAAGUUUUUUGGAGAGAAUUCAUUCGAAGUAGACAUUUUUUCAAAUCCUCGAUAAAAGGGCAUUUUUUCAUUGAAAUGUAAGUGUUUCUCCAUACUGGCAUUAUCCUCUCGCUUCCAAACUUUAUAAGAUUUUUUUCUGCUUUCUACUAUCAGAAUUCAUUCCUAACCUCUGAAUAAAUGAAAAAUUUAGCUCGCUCUCAAUUUCUGCGAGUUGGCGAUAAAAAGACCGGACCUGGGCGACGAGGCGAUCGCUCUACUCAUGCAGCAGUUGUCUAACAACGAACGCAACGAUAGUUUGAAGUUCAUUUGAUCAUCUUUUCUAGAAAAAAUCGGUUCAAUUUUUAGGAGAGGAUGGGAACUUCUGACAAUUUUGCUGGCAUUCUUGCUGCCGACCGAGUUAAUUGCAGAAAAAUUAAAUGAUUUUCUCGAAAAGAAUUCCGACCCGAUAUUCGACAGAGAGGUCGUGAUAAUCAUCAUUAACUGAUAGAUUGUGUUCUUCAGGUUGCUAUAUCAUAUUUUUCGAAGCAAUGUCAGAAGAGGUUGAGCAGAUCGAUGCCACGUCUCAAACCCACUUUGACCGCUAUUCAAGAAACAAAAGUUUUUAUUGAAAUUGAUCUCCUUUCACAAAAAAAUCUCAGGUUCAUAUUUUCCAUCCUCCAGUUUUCUCGGCUUCACUUGAAGAACUCAUGGAAAUGCAGCAAGAAAAGUUCCCAAACUUGAAACUUCCUUGGGUUCUCACGACUUUGAUCGAACUACUCUAUCAAGCAGGGGCACGGAGAAGCGAAGGCAUUUUCAGGUAUUUUCGUCUUCAUUCCCUUUUCUUCCAACGUUUCUUUCUCGUGAGCCUUCGGUAAAAGUAAUUUUGAAAGUAUAGAAUCGCCGGAGACUUUGAACAAAUGACGAUGGCACGGGCCCAACUCGACGGUUGGCUCACGCCAAAAAUGCACGACGCUCAUACGCCAGCCUGUCUUCUGAAGCAGUGGCUCCGUCAACUUCCAGUGCCACUCGUCAUUCCGAAUCUCUACGAUCGAGCUGUCACCGCCUGUGAUAACCCUACUGAGGUUUUAAUAAUAUAUUAGUUCUCUCUUAUUCUCUCUCUCCCAGAUUCUCCACAUUGUCAGUCUUCUUCCCGAAAUACAUCGACUCGUUUUGGCCAGAGUCGUGGCUCUAUUGCAGGUUCGUGUGUGUUGCUUCUUUCAUCUGUCUCUGCAAGUGAUUUCAGCUGUGUUUUUCGACAGACUAAAUAUGGCGGAAUUCGUUUUGAACUUUGUUUGAACAAAUUUUAUCAAAUUUGAGACAUUUCUUAAUGCAUAAGCUCUUGAAGUCAACCUUCCAUUUUUCUCCAACAAAAAUGAAAUAUCAAGUUGAAAAAAAAAAUGCUCCUUUGACUUUUUCCCGUGUAGAUUUGGACCAAUUUUUGAAAAAAAGGUUUUAUUUGAAGGAUUUGUGUCGCGAGGAAGUUGUGGUUCGAACGAAAAUGGACGUCCAGAACCUGUCGAUGGUCAUCGCUCCAAACGUUUUCAAGUAAGAUAUUUCUCCUUCAUUUUUUACAUUUAAAAAAUCUGUGUUUAGUACUGAUCACACCGAUGCGACUGUUAUGUACGAUCAUAUGAGACGGCAAAUGUCUUUCCUGAAAAAUUUAGUUUUGAAUUACGAUACGGGAUUUAUUCAAGGUGUUUCCUGA